AUGAUGACAUUGGCCAAAGCUUUGUACGACAACACUGCCGAGUGUCCUGAUGAGCUGGCAUUCAGGAAGGGUGACAUCCUGAUGGUGAUGGAGCGGAGUGUGGAGGACACCAGCGGCUGGUGGAUGUGCUCCCUCUAUGGCCGCCAAGGUCUGGUCCCUGCAAACCGCUUGCGUCUCCUGUCUCCAACCCCAGAGCGUCCCACUGCUACCCUAAGUCCUAUGAGGAACUUAACGCCUCCAUCAAACCAACGCAUUAUUACUAACAAUGUACAAAACAUCUACCAGAUCCCCAUUGCAACCAAACCCAACAGCAGCGAGCAGACAGAGCUGCUUUACAAGGUCCCAUCCAUUCCCUCUACACCCAAACUAUCAGCCUCAAAGCAGAACAGCGAGGAACAAGAGGAAAAGAAGGCUUUCAACAUGGCUUCGUUGUCCAUAGAGGAGCUUUACGAUGUCCCAAGCCAAUUGAGACGGAGGUCCCUCUUCCCUGUAUCGACUGCACCACGGAUGUCAUUUCGCAAGCACUCCCUCGUGCCAAUUUCAGAAAUGCAGAGAAGGUUCAACAUACCUGAAAUAUUGAAGGACUCUUGUAUUUACGAUGUUCCACCCAAGUCACCACAGGACCCAAACUACAAUAUUCGCGUCCCAGAUGGCGCUAAGAAUGCAGCCAUCAGCGGCUCCUCAAGCAGCUCUUGCGACUCGCUGGCCCUGUCGUCAUCUUCACCAGAACCUUUGAGGGAAGUAUUUGUACGACAGGAUGAAGUCUGUUCAAGACUUUUGGAUCUUCAGGAUGGAGUUUGCAAAGCAGUUCCCCAGAUCAUGAAAUUUGUCAGCAGUGGAUGGAGGAGUAAAAACCAUAUGGAGAAACAUUUGGAAGAGAUCAAGGAAGCAGCAGUAGAAGUAGCCUCCUCGCUCAGCCGCUUUCUUAGCUAUGCCCUGGACAUUAAAGGCAAUGCUCGCAGAUUAACCGAUGCUAAUCUGCAGGCAAGACUCUACAAACAGCUGUGUGUGGUGGAGGACUCAGGAGUAGUACUUCAGCAAACAGUGACAGCCUUGAACGUGGCUGGCUGGACUUUAGAUCUGUUGAGUCAAGACCCAGGCCAGGCACAAACACCAGACCAACUGGAGAGGUUUGUCAUGGUGGCACGGACCAUUCCUGAAGACGUGAAGCGCCUAGUGUCUAUGGUUAAUGCCAACGGAAAGCUCCUGUUUAAGCCUGCACAAAAAGAUUUAGAAAUAUUCCACAUUUCAAGCCCACCUGAGGUUCCAGACAUAUGUGACCAGGAAGUGAACGAGGGGGACGAUGACUAUGUGGAGCUACAGACAAAAACUGAUUUUGUAAAUCGGCAAGAGGAGGUAAAGAAAGAUGCCAAAGAAAAUGUCCCUGUGUCAUCAAGCGAUGUAUUGCAUGAUCAACCGAGUUUGCCCGAGCAACGAGCGGCAUCCCUCUCAGAGCACUGCCGGUUGUACUUCGGGGCUCUGCAGAAGGCUAUUGGGGGGUUUGUCUCCAGCCUCCAGGACGGCCAACCCCCAGAGAAGUUUAUCUCCCAGAGCAAACUGGUGAUCAUGGUGGGCCAGAGGCUGGUGAACGCACUCUACAGAGAGGCCCAGCCCGGAGAGUCCCGCCAGAGUCUCUUGUGUAAGAGUAACCACCUGUGCGCGCUUCUCAAACAGCUGGCCGUGGCCACAAAGAAGGCCGCGCUGCACUUCCCAGAGCCGCAGGCCGUGGGCGAGGCGCAGCAGUUUGCCCACGAGCUAGCUCAGCGCGCACAACACCUACGCCAGUCACUGGAGCUCUGA